AUGCCAAAAUUAAUAGACAACGAAAUUGCUUGUCUUCGAGAUGCCCAAUUAACCGUUCAAAUGCUUUUAAAUCAGGAUGAUGUCCCUAGAGCUCUUGAAUGUAUACAAACUGCAAUGGAAGUUUUGAGUGCAGAUUUACGUGCUGUCAACUGUUUCCGUCAUUUAGGCUCACAAUUGGAAGAAACUAAAAAAAUGAUUGGCAAAAUGUUGUUGGAGGAAUUUGAACAAGUUAUUCAAAAAGAAUUUGCUUGGCCUAUAGAAGAACAAAAACGAAAACAAUUUUUUGAUGAUGAAGAAGAGGAUGAUGGAGAGAUUUCUAAUCUUUACCCAAUUAUUUUUUCUUUGGUUCGUUGUCAUGAAUUUCGUUUUUUGGCUAUUUUACGAGAAGAAAUCAAUGCAACAGUUAAAAAUUCGACAAAACAGAUUGUAAAAGCCCAAAUUUUAACUCAUUUGGAUGCUGACACAAUAGGCUAUAAUCCAACUACUUUGUCUGAGCAUAUUUGUAAAUUGACUAGUUCACAAUGGGAUGCAACUUUGUUAGCUGUUGUUAAUUGUUUAAUUAUUCUGUGCAAUAAAAUAAAGUCAAUCCAACAAUUAAUAAUUAAAUGUGCUGAUCAAGCAGCUUUAGAAGAAUCAGAACAAUUACAAAAACAACAACAGCAGAAAAGUAGAAGUGAUUCAAUAAAUAAAUCAUCAGCACAAAAUUCUGGGACUUCAACACCUUCAAUUGGAAAUUCUGUUGGUUCUUCUAUACCUUUAGACAAACCAACAACAACAAACCCACCACCACUACCCCCAGGAACACCUGGAGCUCUUUUAUCACUACCCUGUCAUAAUAUAAAUCAAUUACGUGCUGCUUCAAUUCAAUUAAUUGGACAUGCUAUUUAUUUAUGUGAAGAAAGAAUUUCUAAAAGAAUACAGUCUAGAUUUAAGGAUAAUGUAUUAGAAAAAUGUUUACCAUUAGAAUUUCACAAAACCUGCCAAAUUAUUGAAGAAUUUAAACAAAAAUGUAAACAAAUUGAUGAAUGUGGACAACAACAACAAUCACGCUCACAAUGUCAAACAAUUAUACAACAAAUUACCAAUAAAUUCCUUACUAAAUUUACUGAAGCACGACAACGUGAAUUAAGUGCAACAAUCGAUGCAGAACCAUGGAAAGCAGCUCAUAUAAAUUCUAAUAUUCAACGAAUUGUUGAUUGUUAUGUUCAAGAUGGAGUACUUACAACUGAUACAAAUAAUGAAACGAUAAAUUGUGAAGAUGAAGAACCAAAAGAAAUGUUAAAAUUAAAAGACGAAGAGUUUAUUGUUAUAGGAAGCGCCUUGUUGCUAAUAAACAUAUUAGCUAGCUAUAGCGAUCUUCUUCGUUUAUUUCCUACUGCUGGUAUGGAAUUAAGUAUGGAUGUUGUUCAAUGUCUCAAACUUUUUAAUAGCCGUACUUGUCAACUUAUUUUGGGUGCUGGUGCAAGACAAUUGGUUGGGUUAAAGUCGAUUAAUGUUAAGCAUUUGGCACUAGCUUCACGUUCACUUCAAUUAAUUGCAAAAUUUAUUCCUACAUUAAAACAAUCUUUUUUGGAACAUUUACCUGUUGAACGACAAACAUCCCUACGACAUUUUGAUUCUACUGCGAGAGACUAUGCUGAUCAUAUUGGUGAAAUUAAAGACAAAUUGCUGGGAAUGAUGGAUAGGGAAUUGCUUGUUGCAUUAGAAGAGUGGAAACCGGAAGGCAAAUCACCAACACCACAAUUUCAACAAAUAGUUAUGCAGAUUGGUAAAUUCUACAGCAGUUAUUCUUCUAUAAUGCCGCCAGAAUUAACUACCAAAAUGCUUCAUUUAAUACACGAAAACUUGAAACUUUAUUUUAAACAAAAUGUGCAUUCGAGAGGGGUUACUCCACACGAUUCUAUUGCUUAUGGUAUGGCUGGACAAGAUUUUGCUUAUUAUGUAGAAAAUAUACGUGCUCUACCCCAUUGCCAAUCAUUUCCUGAUGACUCAAUUAAUGAUGUGCUACAACAAAUUAAAAAAUAA